AUGGGUGAAUGGGGCUUCCUCGGAGCACUCUUUGAUAACCUCCAGGCACACUCGCCUAUGCUUGGUCGUUUCUGGCUCCUGCUCAUGCUUGUUUUUAGGAUACUAAUUCUGGGUACCGUUGCCAGUGAUCUAUUUGACGAUGAACAAGAGGAAUUUGCCUGUAACACCCUCCAGCCAGGUUGCAAACAGGUGUGCUACGAUAUGGCCUUCCCGAUCUCCCAGUACCGAUUCUGGGUCUUUCACAUUGUCCUCAUCGCUACACCAUCCAUGCUUUUCCUCAUGUAUGCCAUGCAUCACAAUAGCAAGAAGGACAGCCGCCCCAAAAACAGCCAAAGUUGCAGCCAGGAGUACAGAGAGACCCUUAGUUUAAGAAGACUGUACAUGAUCAAUGUGGCUUUUCGAAUAAUUGCAGAAGUGGGCUUUCUGGUGGGUCAAUGGUUUCUGUAUGGUUUCACUGUGAACCCCCAGUUCCCUUGUAGCCGCUUUCCUUGCCCUUACACAGUGGACUGUUUCGUCUCACGUCCCGCAGAGAAAACAGUCUUCCUCUACUUCUACUUCGGCGUUGGAGUGUUGGCAGCGGUUUCCAGCUGUGUAGAGCUUUUCUACGGCUCCGCGAAAUGGUUUUGUUGUGGUUCGGAACCCUACACAUCGGAUCGUUCCUGUGACUGCCAGAACCAUCACAACAUGAGGACAGAGGAGGCUGAGGAGGAGGAAGAGGAGGAGGGGGAGAAGAAACCACUAGGAAAGGCAAGGUCAGAGAGUGCACUGGGAAGCUUGAGGAUGAAGGGGGGAUCGAUGAGGAGCAGCACCGGUAAGAAGGGCUCCAGCAUCGGGCAGAAGACAAGAAACGGCAAAUAUGUGAGCAGCAGGACACUUAUGUCAGCCACAGAGCCGGUGGCCAAGGACAGCUUAUAUCUCUCUCCUGGCUCAGAGCCACUGAAGCGUGCUGCUAAGUUUAUGGCGUCACCAAAGAGCUCGGGUCACCGCACAUCACACCUCGCCAUCGUAUCUCCACCUCCUCCUCAACCAUCCAUCUGUGCCAUCCUGUCUCUCUCCUUCCCUUGCCACAGGGUGCGCUGUGUGAAUGCAGCAUUUACCGAGAAAUAUUCUCGCUGCCUCUACUCAUUCCCCUCACUUCUUACUCCAUCUGCUUUCUCCCCUUCUUCCUGUUCUCCCUGCCUGAAGGGGGACGCAGUGUGA